GCAUCGAUCACCAAAGCAAAUAAAGCAAGAGAUCGAUCGAACCAAUAUUUGUUCUCACAGCCAUUUAAUUCAUGGCAUACGUAUCACGGAGAGUUUCUGGUAUCCUGUGUGCAAUUCUUUGUGUAAUGGGAGUUGCAGGAAUAUGUCUUGGGAUGGCCGGAGGUUUUAUCUCUUGGUUAUCUGAGGACGACUCGUCCAUGCGGUCCAAAUGUAGAGCCAUAUUCCCUUGUGUGAUUUCAGGGACGAUUCUGGUUGCGGUUGCUGGUUUUAUAUCCAUUAUUGCAUAUUUUUAUUGUUGUAAGGACUUCACGCGACGAGCCAAUGUUUUCCUAUGCAUUGCAUAUGCGGUAGGAUUUGGGCUGGUGGUAGUAAUGUUUUCGAAAAGCUCACAGCUAUCGGGCAUCAUCAAUGUUGGAGCUAUAAUUGUGGCAGGGAUCUGUCUCCUUUGGGCUACAGUGUAUAUUUGCAGGUCAACCAGUUUCUCCACUAUCGCCAAUAAUUUUGCAUCUCGCUUUACCGGGAUUUAGAUCGUCGAUUUCAAGCUCCCACUAGAAAAACCAAGAUUCGGCCCUGCUCCCAUCCCCGCCGUUUGUAUGGUAUUCCACACCAAGGAGUGAAAUUUAAUGAGAUGCUAAUAUUAUAUGAUAUGGAGUACUAAAUACUAAUUUGUUCCUAUAUACGGAGUAUUUCGUUAAAAUGUGUCUGGUGUUUGUUUGAAUUAUUUCUCUUUCAUGCUCUACUCACCCUCUUAGUAAUAAUUAGUUAUGGUAAUAUAUGAGGC